AUGGCUUCGCUGAAAGAGUCCCUGGCUGGUCCGGGAUAUGUGAUCCUUAACGCCGUGCGGGCCAUGAACAUCAUCGUCUUCCUCGACAUCAUCGCUGCCCAUGUGGUCAUGUUGAUCAAGAUCGACCUUCUGACCAGCUUCUUCUUCUUCGAAGCUGUUGUGCAUGCUAUAGCUAUUGGCAUCUCCAUUUUCCUUCUAGUCUCUGAACUUCCUUUCUUCCGCGCCUACUUCGACCGGCACUGGCCAUCCCUUGGCGAGAACUCCGGAUUCCUCUCGCUAGCAGGUGCAAUGCUGAUACUCGGAAUUGGAGCAUUGGGGGACCUCAACAAACCGGCUACAAGCCAAGAAAAGCUGGGUCUUACAUUCUGGCGAAUUAUCAUUUCGGCGGGAAUUUUAGCCAUUGUCGUCAGCGUCCUCAAUGUCGCGGCAAACUUCGCCUUCGCAGACCGCGAUGUGGGUAUCAGCGCACGUCAUGUCCGCGUAUACGGAGCCGUCGCGCCGCAAAAGGUCGCCUCGCGAACAGGCAGCCAGCGCUCAUUUCAGCUGAGCUACAAGCGAGAAGAGACUCUGCCCUCAUACAACUCGCCGAGCCCUGUUCGACGCAUAUCGACAGCCAGCUUAUCUCGAUUCCCUGUCAAGUUUUCUCCGCCAAGGAAUGCAGCAUCCACAAUGCCCAUGCCUAGCCAUGUGGAUUAUGCGCCUUCUUCGAAGUAUUCGCGGGAUUCGUCGGGGGUCACUAUCCCAGAUCUCGCUCAUCAUCCGGCUUUGCAAGAAUCCUCUCGUAUUUAA